CGCGCGGUAGCCAUAGCAACGUUUGAUUCAUCCAGGAAGCGACACCGCGCGACUCUCGCCGGCAUUUCAGCUGAAAAGACAAAAAUGACCUUCAUUUGAAGAAAUACCCGUUUAAAUGUUAAAUGUUAAAUAUUGUCGGGGAAGUGAUGGAUGACGAAAUCAGCUGGGGCAUCGAUUAUGGAAAUGAGUAGCACCAUGUCCACCAGUAAUCUGCCACCCCUGCGAAACCUGCCCAGCUGGACCAGGGUACGAGAUCUGGACCGGGUGAGAUACCCCAGACAUCUGUCCAGCGACUGUAUGGUCAGAUCUCCACCUGUGGACAUCAAGAGCCCAAAAGCAGCUGCUCAGCCCAGGACAGAUGCACAGGGCACACGCAUCGCCUCUCUGGAGAAAGAUGUUCUGUUCCUCCAGCAACAGCAUAAAGACACGCUGGAGAGACUGCAUGCAGAAAUUGAAGAUCUGAAGCGUGUUAAUAAAGAAUUACAGUAUCAGCUGAUUAUGGAACAUGAAAAUUCUCCAAAAGAGUCCAUAUGGUCCAACAGUAAUUCCUCAAAAUCCAGCAGUGGUGGUUCAGCCGAGAAGAAUUCCCAGUGUGGAUUCAUCAGCUCAGAGGAGGCAUGUGAGGCGGGAGGAGGAGGCGCAGUCAUGUCUCUGCUGCCUCUCAGGAUCACCUGCAGCCCGUCCCAGCAGCCCCGCACCCCGACGCUGAAGGAGUGUGAACUGGGUGAAGUUUUCGAGCAUUUCCCAAAACUACCUCUCAAACCACUCCCAAAGAAAGAGAUCCCGAGUCACGCCGGUAAAGGAGAACCUGUGCUUCUCCCAGCCAUCAAGCACAGUCUCAGCAGCACCAUGUCAGAGCGGCAGAGGAGAGCGCAGGACGUGCACAGACUGCGUCUCAGGAGAGCUGUGAACUCUUAACCCUCCUCUGCAGUGAAGGUUACGCUUCUGUCACUGUGCCUUCUUGUUUGCUGAUUAGAAGGUCUUACAGUUCUGUCUUUUUUUACCCUAUAAAAAGGCUUAAACAUCUCAGUCAGUCUCUCUAUAAGCUGAAGGAAGGUCAAAAAUAUGUAUUCUUCACCACAGAGACGUGAAGAAUGAGUGAAUGGCUGUUGAUCACUUUUGAUUCCCUAAUGAACUAAAUAAGAAUCUUUCCAGAGAAGCAGCCAAAUGUCAAAGAUGAGGCGAGAGCUAAGCUGCCCGUCCUUCAACAGGAAGAUCCGUAAACUCUGAGACAGACGCAAUAGA